GAUGGCACAAAAAUCCCAUACAUUCAAUAUUUGAAUUAAUAUUUUUGUUAGCCUUAUUUUUAGAUUGUAAUGUUCUCAUACUAUAUUUCAAGUACGUAUAAUGGCAGAUAGAAGGAAAUUACAAAGUGAAAUUGAUAGGUGCCUAAAGAAGGUUACAGAAGGCGUUGAAAUAUUUGAAGAUAUCUGGCAAAAAGUUCACACAGCCACAAAUGCAAACCAAAAAGAUAAAUAUGAAACCGAUCUCAAGAAAGAGAUAAAGAAGCUUCAGAGACUGAGGGAUCAGAUCAAGACCUGGACGGCCAGCUCUGAUAUCAAGGAUAAGAGACAGUUGCAGGAGAACCGAAGGAUUAUCGAAACGCAGAUGGAACGUUUCAAAGUAAUAGAAAGAGAAACCAAGACUAAGGCCUACAGCAAGGAAGCACUAUCAGGUGGCACUACUGGUGUUGGGAUUCAUCCUGGUACAGGACAUCCCAGGGAAGCAGGCAAAGGACGAUCAAAUCGUAAAUCUGGCCGAAAAUUAGCGAAGAAGAACUUGACCGGAGAUGGGAAAAAUGAAGUCAACGAGAUGAAGGCCUGGAUAACGUCAUUAAUAGAGAAGCUCAGAAAUCAGACCAGUGCAUUCGAAGAAGAAAUCGAGGCUGCCGUUCAAAAUUCUAAGAAGAAAAAAUUAGAAAAAGAAAAACAGGACAGGGUGGAUCAGCUGAGGAAAUUGGUGGAGAAGCACAAGUACCAUGCCAAAAAUUUAGAUAUCGUUUUCAGGAUGUUGGAUAGCUCUCUCGUCGAUUGCGAAAGUAUUAAAAACAUAAAAGACGAUCUGGAGUUUUAUAUAGAAUCUUGCCAAGAUCCCGAUUUCAAGGAGAACGAAUACAUCUACGAAGAUUUCAACCUCGAUGAAACAAAUGAAGAUGACUCCUACACCCCUUCGACCAAUAGCCCCGCAUCGCCUGCGCCCUCUAGCCCACACACCCCUUUUGGCUCGCAUCACCUUUCAAGGAAUUUGUUCGAAGAUGAUUUGAAUAGUGGCAGCCUGAACAACACCGUAAAAGAUAUGGAAGACACCAUGGGCGAAAGUUUCUUGGAAAAUUCCGCCGAAGAUAGGGAUUUGAAUGCAUUGGACAAGUCUCUUUAUUCGCAAGAUAGCCCAAAUAGCAUCGGUCAAAAGCUGGAAUCCACUUUUGAAUCGGACCACAAGAACGCGAAGGAGGUCGAUAAGGAAUCAGUGACUGGCACGGAAAUCCAUCUUGACCGUUCCUCCUUUAUUCCACUCGAAUCCGCUAGGAACACGAAAACAUCCGAACUUUUUCAACGCCAGCAGCUUGAAAAAGAAGUGGAUGAAAGUUUUCGGGUAACGGAUUCCCUAAAAUAUAUAGCAUCUCAGGCGAUUUUCAAGGACUCUGUCGAACCUCAACUUAACCAAAGGGCACCCGAACCUAAUCCUACCAACAAAACGCAAAACUUGUCCCGCAUAUCCAUCCUCCAAAAAUUACUGCUCAAACCCCAAAUACCCCAACAACUGCCCAAUCUUCAACCUUCCAUCAACCUUGGUCACAAUCCUUCGCACCCUGACAUUAACAGCCUUAACUCUCUUCCCACCCAACCUCCUUACCUCUCUGACAGCAACUAUCAAACAAACGCUAGUUCUCUUUCUUUCUCCACUUCCUCUUCCUUGCUGCAGGCUGCUAUGCGGGAUUUUAACCUUUCUAAUACCACCACUAUCGCCGCCACGACUAAUAUAAAUAAUAACAACAAUAGCGAUAGCGAUAGGUUUAUAGCUAUGGGACAUACUCAUACCGAUAACAAAAAAUUUAUAGAGGACGUCCUAUCUCGCAUGAUAGUCGCCAACAAUACGAAUUACGAGUCCCGCGACGUUACCCGCCAUUUUUCCUCUUCGAAUCUCCACGAUCUCAACCCUCCCGAUAAUAGCUCUAGCUAUUAUGAUAACCAAAAUGCCGAUUCGGAAGCCCUCGAUAAUUUUGCUCGACAAAAUUUGGAUGGCAUCAACAAAUUUUCUCGCCGUUACAAGGACCAAAAUCUUAACAUCCGCAAUAAUCAACGGCAAAAUACUGGGGCCCAAGAAGCGGAGGUUAUGGUGCCAGCUUUGUUUGGCGCCUGCCCACUUGGCCCUAUCAUGCCCUUGAGCAAUCGUGAUGCGUGGAGACUUCGAAUGAUCGAUGGGUCAUUUUUGGCCGAUCGUCGACUUCCCAUAAAAUGCACCGAUUUUAAUAGCCCUGAUAUAUCCUCCGGCGAUGCCGGAAACGAAAUCUUGGGACCCGAGGGGGGAUGGGAGGAGCUAUAUUGCGGUGGAAUUAACAAAAAGAGUGAACGACUGGUGACGUUAUGUUAUGAUAGAAAUAAAUGCCAUCUGAAUCGCAUUCAAUACCCCACACCGACAUACUACAAUAAUUUCCUGCCAUCUUGCCCCAGCAAUUUAAUGGAAAGCUCGGAGUUUUACAACAAAUUAUCGACCGAAACCCUAUUCUUCAUCUUUUACUAUUUCGAAGGAUCAAAGUCUCAAUACAUGGCAGCCAAAACGCUUAAAAAGUUGUCUUGGAGGUUCCACACCAAAUAUUUAAUGUGGUUUCAAAGGCACGAAGAACCUAAGACUAUCACGGACGAAUAUGAACAAGGGACUUACAUAUAUUUCGAUUACGAAAAAUGGAGCCAAAGGAGAAAAGACGGGUUUACCUUCGAAUACAAAUUUUUAGAGGACAAAGACUUAAAUUAAAUUUUUGUAUUAAAAAAAAAUUAUAAUAUCGGACUUAGCUUAAAUUUGACCAAGAAAUCAAC